GCUUAAAAAGUUGUCUUAAAAAUUUGUAGAGGGGAUUCUAAUAAUUAAUCUCAUUCUGAAAUUUCAGAAAACAAGGAAGAACAUUUUUUAAAUCAAAAAGGCAAAAAAAUAAAACAACAACAAUUAUUUUUUAGAAAAAGAACAAUUAAUCAUCCUUUGACAAUACUAAAUGAAACAAGGUAACAAAACGUAUGUCACGACUGUGUGUGGAGUUAUAGUUUGAAGCUAUUGAUUACAGGGUUUCUAUAACAACAAUUAAGUUAUCUUUCGACUAUAACUUAAAACGCUUAUAUAUUGAGUUAAUUGCACAAAUAAUAAUUGUUCAAUUGAGUUAUUUCGCCAUGCCUAAAUAUAUAUUCCCAUUUAAAGAAACACCAAUAUACUUUCAUGAAACCUCACAUUCACUACUUUCAAAAAAAAAAAAAAAAAAAAAAACCCUCACAUUCACAUGCAUAAUCCAAACAAAUGGAAGGGGGAAUUCUUGAAGUACUUCUUGUCAAUGCUGAAGGUAUUAGACACACAAAUCUUGUUGGGAGACCAGACUAUUAUGUCUUUAUAGAGUGUGGAGAGCACUUGUAUAGAAGCAAAAUAUCAUCAGGUGAAAAUGAAAAGGCUUGGUGGAAUGAAAAGUUCACAUUUGAAUUUCCAAUGUAUGAUUGGAAAAACUUAACCCAUCUCAAGUUUACAAUUAUGAACAGACAACUCUUCUCUGAUGGUCAAUUUGUUGGUGAAACUAUAAUUCAUUUAGGUGGAAUAAUCACAGAGGGGUGUGACAGAGGAUUUCUAGAAGUGAAACCAGCCCCAUAUAAUGUAGUACUUGAAGAUGACACUUAUAGAGGACAGCUAAAGAUUGGACUCAAAUUUAUUUCAAACGUAAGUAAGAAUUAUUUAAUUACAAUAAACGUAAUAAUAAUAAAUAUGAUAUAUAUUGGUAUUGCCCAUUAUUAUUUUUAUUAUUUAUUUCAAUUUGUUAUUCUUGCAGAAAGAUGUGACAGAAAGAACACCAGAGCAAAUUACAGAGGAACAUAAGAAACCUAAGCCUACUGAGUGUGGUAGAAUUGUUCAUUUAUGGAGAACUUUAUGGUGGUGGUCUUCCUUUUUCUAUUCAAGGGAUUCAAAAACACAGCCAUAGCCACAUUUGUGAAAAUAAAACAUCAUUUGCUCUGCUUCAAUUUGGUGAUGUAAUUAAGAAUAAAUCACAAGGGUUUAUUUUCUCAAAUUUUACUUUUUUUUCACCCUUAGACCUCAGGAAUAACUUGGAAAUUGUUUUGAGGUAUACUUGGGUUGACAUCUUAAAGUUUCAUACACAAACACUUGUUUUGAAAUGUUUUGAUGGCAAUUAAAUGACAUUUAUGUUA